GGCCUUCUCCAACCUGCCUGGAAUGAAUCCAGACUAUUUCUCUUCUUCGCAUAGAUAACCUCUGCUCUGUAAUUUUGCCGUUCAAUAAAACAUCUGAGAAAGACACACAUCUGCAGCUUGGUAUUGUAAGAUUACAAUACACCGCCUAUCUUCAUUCUCGGCAUCCUGUCCUCAAUCGCAACAUCUCGACAAUCCUUCACACAUACCAAUUCGUUACAUAAUAAUGCCCAUCUCCUCUCUCGCACCACCGCCCCCCGAUAUUCCCGGUCCCUCUUCUGCAUCCUCCCAUUCGCGCUCCCACUCGGUAUCUGCUUCUGCCUCCACAUCAACUAACUCUCAUGCUCCAAGCAACCCCUCUAUCUCCUCUCUUCCACCAUUGCCCCCCUCUCCAGAAUCCAGCCGUCAGAUAGCUGAAGCGCGCACUGCUCUCAACGCAUCCAUCCAAAAUAUCUUCACGCCUCACGAACAUGCGCUGAAACUCCGAGCGCAAAAUCUCCAUCAAAAUAGCAGCGCAUUGACAAAACAGGAAACUGAUUUGAAGAAAGAGAUUGGAAAGCUAGGGAAGGAGGGGGAUAAAUUAGAAAAAGUUGUUAGGGAGGGACAAAGGAAGGUGAAGGAAUUGGGGAAUGUCCAGAAUUGGGCGGAGGUGCUGGAGAGAGAUUUUUUGGUCGUCGAGGAGGUUUUGAAGUUGGUUGAUGGGGAGAGUGAGGAAUGGAGUGGGAGUGAAAGUGAUUGGAGUGAGUAUGAGUAUGAGUACGAGUAUGAGGGAAACGAAGGAGGUGGAAGAAAGGGAAGUGUAGGUUCGAAUGGAAGUGAUGGAAGGACCGGGGGGGAUAUUGAUUCGCAUAUGACCGAUGCGAAUGCACAUGGCAACACUUCUGCCCAUGGAACAAAUGGUACCCGUCCCACUGGCAUUGGACAAGGCAAGGGGAAAGCAAAAGAAGGAGAAAGCGGAAAUUUAGAGCACAUGGAGGCCAUGGAUACCGAGGAAUCUUCUUCGUCAACAAAUGUAUCCAGAUCUGAGCCGUCUUCUAGUUCCAUUCAUACUUCGGCUUCGGAGAUGAGUUGAGUGAGAGGUUGGAAUGAGCUGGCUUGGCGCGGACUGGAUUUGUCGUGGGAUUUCUCGGGUAGAGAUACAAAGUGGAGCAAUGGGGACACUCUGGUUAUGGGUCAUCUUAUACCAUAUGUAGAUUACUUGGAGGGAGGUAUGGUUUUAAGAGUUAUGUUGCAAAACAAGUGUCUUGGGUUUUCA